AUGGUCGUAGGGGUCGCUGCCUACCAGAGGAGGAGGGAAGGAGGAGGAGCGGUCCUGCAGAGAGGUCGCUGCCUACCAGAGAAGGAAGGAAGGAGGAGAAGUGGUCCUGCAGAGAGGUCGCUGCCUACCAGAGGAAGGAAGGGGGAGGAGCGGUCCUCCAGAGAGCACGGCAGAGUGAAGACAAGGUCAACCGAGGAGCAGCAAGCAGCCAAGAAGAAGGAGCGGGAGAAGAAGCUCAAGUUAUACAGAGCAGGAAUAGAUACAGUAUUUGCCAAGUGUCGUAAAGAAGAGUACGAUGAAGAAGCGCUAGAGGUGACUGCUCAGCUGCUGUCGGCCAACCCAGACAUUUACACCUUGUGGAACGUUAGGAAGAAAGUAUUACUACGCUUCAAGGAAACAAAGGCUGCCGCGGAACUCCAGGAGCAGCAGGGGGCUGAGCUGCGCCUGACAGAGCUGUGCCUGCGCGGGAACCCCAAGUCAUAUGGGGCGUGGCACCACCGCGUGUGGGUGCUGGACAACCUGGGGACCCCUGACUGGGGUGCCGAGCUGGCGCUCUGCAGCAAGUACCUCAAGCUGGAUGAGAGGAACUUCCACUGCUGGGACUACCGUCGCCAUGUGGUGGAGAAAGCAAGUACAUGCCCGGCUGAGGAGUUAGCCUUCUCCACUGCCAAGAUCAACAGCAACUUCUCCAACUACUCAGCGUGGCACUACCGCAGCCGGCUGCUGCCUCUGGUGCACCCGGACACAGAGGGUGGGAGGCCCAUCGAGAGCCACAAGCAUGGACAAGAACUGAAGCUGGUGGAGAGUGCUGCCUUCACGGACCCUGACGACACGAGCGCCUGGUUCUACCAGCGCUGGCUGCUGGGGCGUGCGGGGCAGCCACUGGCCGUGGUGCAGGCCCGUGUGACUCUGCGCGCGGCUUGCUUGUGCUUGUCGCGCUGCGUGCGGCUGGACGGCCCUGAGCGCCUGAGGGCAGAGCUGUGGCUGGAUGGGAUGCCCGUGCCGGGAACCUGGGCCAGCAGCAGUGGCCUCUGCUUCUCACACGUCUGGGUGCUCCAGCCUGCAGGAGAGGUGCUCCGCUGCGGGGACAGUCCGCCCCGAGAGGCAGAAGUGAGGCUGUGUCGGGGAAGCGACGUGGUCCAGGUCCUGACGCUGGCCCCAGACGACGCGGGGCUGGCUGCGGCUCGGCCCCUGCAGUUCGGGGCCCAGUUUGGCCUCGCCGUCACCUCGGUGCUGGAGGAGCAGCUGGCCUCAUGCACUCAGUUGCUGGAGCUGGAGCCUGACAGCAAGUGGACACUUCUCACCUCCGUCCUACUAAUGCAAGCUAUUGACCGGAACAGAUACCAUGAAGACACCAUGAAGAAUUUGUAUCUCUUGCUGAAAGUUGAUCCUCUUCGUUCCGGCUACUAUAGAGAUCUCCGCAGUAGGUACGAGAUGGAGUACGCACUGGAUGCGGCGGCUGCGAGUGGGAAGAGCGAGCUGAGAGUGUCGGGCAGUGGCCUCACCGCCCUGUAUCACAGCCACUACCUGAGCACUCUGCGUCAUGUGGACCUCAGUGGGAAUCACCUGCACCGCUCGCUGCCUCAGCUGCACUCCUUGCAGUGCUGCCAGGUGCUGGUGUUAGACAACAAUGGCAUUAAAUCACUGGAAGGAAUGCCAUCACUUCGGUCACUCCAAGAACUUUCAUUGAAGGAUAAUGGCAUUUCAGACGUAAUGGAGCUGAAACUUGCCAAGACACGCUGCCCGUGUAUCAACACUUUCAGCAUUUCAGGAAACCCAGUGGAGAAAGAGAGUAGUUUGCUUGAGUUUGCAAGCGUAGCACAAGUUCUCAUCAAACCAUCUUAGCACACAACAUCACAUUGACUCUUUUUCUCACAUAUGGACUUGUUGGAUUGGUUUAUGUUAUUGUUUACUUUUAAUUUUUACAUGUUAUUAUGUAAAGGACAAAUUAUAUUGUCAUGUUUGUUACGCAAAAUAUUAUUGAAGUUAACGUUUCUUGUAAAGAAGGUAUUUGAUAUAAACAAUUUUUUGACAAGCAUCUAAAAUAAAGAAUACGCUUGACAAUAAUGGAAAAUGGUCAGGGUAAUAUAAUAUAGUAUGCCUUUUUUUAGUUUUAAUGAUUCCAGGGAGUCCUUAAUCAAUAUGAAAUUGAAUCAAAUAAUUUAUGUAUUAAGUUUUAACUCUUAAGAAUGUUUAAUCAUAGUAAUGGUGUUAUGCUUCUGCAGAAACAGGUAGAAACUGUUAUUUCUUAUCCAUAUUAUUAAUGUGCAUUAUUGUGUUUCUGAUAGUCAUUCUCAUUGCUGCUGUUGUUGCCAGCUUUUGUAAAUAAAUUUUCUCAGUACAUCAUACAAACCUUUAAGAAAUUAUGCUCUGUCCUCAGCUGGCCAGAAGCACUGCACCAAUAGAUCUGGGAUGUGGUCGAUGUAGUUCACAGAUUUCUUUAGAUCUUGGCUGUACUUGUUGGUGUUUAUAGAGUGGUCACAUAUUCAUUUCCUUUCUUCUUACAUCGUGGCAUUGGCUGAUGGACUCUUGUCAUUAGUCGGCUUGAAGUCGUCCGACAUUUGUUAGCCUAAGUGGGGGGUCACUGUAACUCAGAGGACAUACUCGCUUAGGCUAACAAGAGGUUUAUUUUUACAAUACCACUUAACUUGAUAAAAUAGUUUUUAUUCUAGGAUCGAAACGAAUAGGUCCAUCAUUCCGUACGGGAUGUCUAGUGAGAGAUGAAUUAAAGGAGAUUUUUAAAAAUAAAUAACUUAACACUAAUUUGAUAAUGAUUUUUAUUUAGUUUUUAAACUUCAAAUAAACAAAAUCAGUCUCAAGGAACAGGUAGUCUUUACAGAUCAUGAUUAAUAUUACACUUAAAAUUCACAACUACUAUCUCUUAGUUAUGAUUCAUGUAAUAACUACUAAAUGACCAUACGAGAGAGAGAGAGAGAGCUUCACCAAACUCUUCCCUAAUCCUUCCUAAUGCGUAGGGACAUGCAAAUUUCGCAUUUGCGAUAAAAUGUAUUUUUGCGCAAAAUUCAGGAAUAACCUUACAUAAUUUCUGAUACCGUGAUUUUUUUUGCGAAAUACGUCUGUUUACCACGAAUAACCACACAUUCCCGCCAUUUGGUAACUUAAAAAAAAAGUAAAUAAACAGCCGUUGUCACCAUUGAUACACCAUCAAUGUAAAGACUACACUUGCCAAUGUUUAUGUUUUAUUAUUUAUUUGAUAAAACACGUUCUUGGCAAACUGCAUUCGAGCACUAAUACGUUACGUACUCUCGAAGGGCACGUUUACAGAGUCAAAGAGUAAUGUACAGCCAUUUUGUUGGAUAUUUUGUGCGUUACAGCGCUUGUGUCGCAAAGCAAAUUAUAAUUUACAUACAACUGUUCAUCUUGCAUCUACUAUGUAUUGUGCAAACUGUUUUAAUUUGUUCUCGUACUGUAAACAAACUUAACAAUUUCGUUUUCUGUUUAAGAAUAAUAAUUUUCUUUUAAAAAUGUAUUACCUAUACAGUGCGGCUAUUUUAUAAAAACUGUAGUUUGUGAUAGAAAACAUCUUCAUUUUUCUCAGCAGAAGUGUGAAAGUGUAAAAUAUGUCGAAACCUCAAGCAACCACCAAACUUCGUGAGCGCGAAUUUCGUGAUCGUGGGUUAUAUGCGAGUGAUGAAAGAACAUUAAUGUGUCGUCACUGCAAUGUUACUGUCUCGUGGGAUAGAAAGGACACCUGCGAAAAAAUGUGGAAAGUGUUAAACACAAGAGGCUGGCUGCUAACAAUAUUGAAAAGAAAAGACAAAUGUCUCUCUCAGCUGUGUUGCAAACUGCAAAAAAGAAAAAAAGAUUUAGCAAACAAAAUGGCGAAAGACACGGUGGAAGCUUUUGUUAAAGCAAAUAUACCACUGGAAAAUCUUGGUGAUCCCAACAUUCGGAGUUGGAUGGAUACAUAUAUUGAAGGAGCGGGCAAUUUACCACACUCAAGAACCCUUAGAGAAAAAUAUGUUCCUGAGCUUGCUAGUUCACAUCUUGAAGAGGUCAAGGCAAAGUUACUAGGAAAGAAGAUUGACAUUCUUUGCGACGAGACAACAGACAAAAUAGGGAGGUGCGUGUUUUUUGUGCUUUUUAGGAUUUUGACAGAUUCUAGCCCUGAACUUCUUGUUGGUAGUGUUCACUUUCUCGAAAGCGCCAAUGUCACAUAUUGCUCAACAUGUGCCAUGUUGGGCACACAAGCUAAGUCUGGUUGGCAACAUUUGGGCUCAGGAGUUAAAAGAUCUCAAUGAAGUAGUUGUCAAAACAAAGAAUGUGUUUCUGAACAUGAAGAAGAGGAAACACUUGUAUUCUCAGUUCCUCAGAGAGAAUAAAGGUGAAAACUGCCAGUUGUUUCCAAUGCUUGUAGUCACAAGGUGGAAUUCCUGGUUUGAAAGUGUUUUCUACCUUGCUGACUACUUUCAUUUGGUUGUGGAGUUUUGCAAGUCAGAUGAUAUGAAGGCUACCCAAAAUGUUGCUGUGCUGUUUUUGUCCUAUAAGUGACAGUGAAAUAAGUGUGAUUCAGUGCCUGGCGGUUGUUGUGAAAGAUCAUGAAAAGUGUCUUGUUGAUUUAAUAACGAGGCUAGAAGGCUCGAGCUACCCAAACACUCAUAUUUUGCAUGGUGAGCUUACUAAGGUGCAGCGCAACUUUGAAAACAUGAAGCAGUGCAUUUUUUUUGACAAAACAAAACAAGUUUGGAUCACAUGAACACUACGAAAGCAGCUGCUGUGAAAAGAAGUGUAGUGCAAGUGGCUACAAAAUCUCUGGUGAAGCUUACCAGCUUGAUGGCUACAGAUCCAAGCAGACUUGACUUUGAAACACUGACUGUCUUUGAUCCUAAAAAUAUUUUGAUUACAGACAUGAGCCCUAUUUUGCUUGCUAAGUUGUGUAAAGUUUCUACUCUGAAAAAAAUGGACCUCCAGGAGCUGAUCACCGGUUUUGGAGAGUUAAAAUAGAUAGUUGAGAAACAAAUUAAGUAAGCAGUGUGGAUGUAGUGAAGGCACUUCAAGUUGUAAAACUUUCACAACCUGAAUUUUCUGAAAAGUGCCUGGAAGCAGUAUGGAUGUUGUGUGCAAACUUUGAUUCGGAACACUUCUUGUCACAAUACAAUAAUGUUCUUACUGACAAGAGAACUAAUUUGAAACAAGAAAAUUUAGCUACAAUGGCUAUUUUUUUCAUUUUAAAAUUAAAUGUUGUGUCAAAGUACUUUGGUUCUGAAAUUAUUGGGUUGACUUAAUUUAGAAUCUGAGUUCUUAAACUUUUGUCUUUUUAACCUAUAUUUGUGUAAUUUUAAUAUGUAAUGUUUCAAUUGAUGAUGCAAUUAUAUUACAAUGUCAUAGCUGCCAACCUCAAAUCACACCCAUCAGUAAUGACAAUUAUAUGAAGAAAAAAAAGUACGCGUAAAUAAUGCACGAUAAAUGUUUCCUGGGGAAUUAUGACACAUACAAGAUAAAACAAGGAAAAUAAAAUGCAAAAAAAAAAAUGAAAAAUAUAGGCCUAUAGGUAUAUAUGAAUACAAUGCAAAUUAAUGAAUAAAAAAAACUAUUUGAACAAUACAUUCAUCUGAAUAUGUAAGAAAUGUCAAUAAUUUUACUGGAAAGUUUGAACCUUCAAUUCAAAGUAUUCAAAGUUAAACUUGUGAACAACUGUCUUUUUAUUUGCUUCUUUUAUCCUGGUUGGAUUAGAACUUCCUUGUAAACAAACAACAGAAGACAAACAAAAGAACUUGUAAACAAUAACUCUGCGUUCGUUACUUUCGUUUCUUCAGAUGUAGCGAAAAAAACGACGAUAUAGAUAUAUUAAUCGUCAUGGCUAUAAAAUGUUCCGCAUGUUUCUUUGAUUCAAUAUGCCGUUUACAGUCAUCCCUUCCACCAUGUGCAAUCGAAAAGUCACACGUGCAUACAUUACAAAACGCGUGGUGUUCCAAAACAUUUGAAGACGACAAGCAUGGCCAUUCUUUUGAAUAGUUUAAGUCGAAAGUUCUGAAGAAUUGCGUUCUUUUUUUCCCCCCAGAAACACUUGUUCUGUCACACGCUUCAUUUCUACAACCGGCACUGAAGAACAAAACACUAUCGAAAAACAUUAAAAAAAAUUUCACGUCUGUAGAAAGACAAAAACACUAUGAUGAAAAAAAUGGCUUUCAAAAAAAAUUAAAACACAGGUUAGCCAAAGUACCGUGCAAAAAUUAUCGUGAUGUAAGUAGCCGAAAAACGAAAAGUCCGAGAAUAUGUACUAGUUUUGUCGUACAACGGACGUAAUACCAUCCCAUUACUAUUUGAAAACACGAGAAUUAAUCUACUAAUUUCAAUAGUACAUGCGCACACAUACUAGUUCCGUUAUUUGCGCAACCACGCGAUGUAUUCGAACUGCGUUCACGAAACCGCACAGCAGAAACUGAAUUUUUUCCGUCUCCGUGCAGCACAACGCCUCGUUUCCGUAAUACACCAGCGAUGUUCCGUAAUUCCGUAAUUCGGUGUUAAAUCCGUAAUAAUUACGGAAAAUCCGUAAUGGUUGGCAGCUAUGCAAUGUUCUCUUCAUAUUUCUUACACUCGAAAUCGUAAAAAUAAAAAAUAAUAUAAACCCACUUAUAGGUAAAAAUAACACUGAUUUUAAGGGAAAAUAACAUCACUUUUCAUCACAAAAUAAACACAUCUUUUGCAUGUCUCUACUAAUGCGUUAAGGGCGCGGUUGACAAAAUGGCAAGAAAUUCCGAGCAAAUUAGGGUGGCUGUAAUAAACAUAUUUAAUAAGAAAUAAAAAACAUAAUACUGACAAAUUAAAAAAGAAUGCUUUCUUUCCACACACACCAUAGUUAGAAAAAAUAAAUGACCCACAUUCUGUAAUAAAUUUAAUAAUAAUACUAUUACUUUACAAUACUUUUGGAAUUAAGUGGUUUAGUGUUCAUUUUGCCUAAAAAAUGUUAGAUGAUCGCUGUCUUAUAUUUACACGAAUAUGUAAUAACCCUGUUUUCAAACUGUAUUGUGUUAGUCAUGCUGUGAUAAAAAAAAAGUAUUUUUAAUUAUUUUUUUUUGUGUUCGAUGUUUGCUUUGACUGGUCACAAAAUAAACAUUUUAAAGGAUACAAAUCUUUUAAAAUGUAAUAAAUUUGUGGUGUAGUGGUUGGUUCGCAUUUCCACUUAAAUUCUGACUUAACAAAAAAAAUUUAUCUCUAGUAGUUUAAUUGUAAAACAAUAAACAGUGAAGGUACUAUAUAUUAAUAUGUGCCUUUGCAUCAUCUGUCCAAAUACGAAAAAAUUGUUCAAAUUGCUUAAAAACUCCGGGCGCUGUAACUGAAUUGUGUAGGUGCGUGCCAUUGCACGCACCUGAAUAGAUAGACUGUUCGCGACACAUGACAUCAAGAAGGGUUUCUUUGUCCGCAUCCCCCUCCCCCUCCUCCUCGUCUAUCCCUGGCUUGACUCACCACGUUAUCUUCCAAUCACGCCCGCAUAGUAACAGUGCUAGCCAAUAAUCACACGUUUCCAAAUAUUCCCUUUCCCGUCCUCCAGGUUUUUUCAACUUGUGACCACGUCACACCAAUAUCAUUAUUCUCUAGAUGUGUAAAAGUAACGAAAAAAAGGGUAUCCGUAUGUAUUCGUUACUAUAACAAUUAGUACUCGUUACUAUCAUAUCGUUACGUUACUCGUUACUUCUGAUACCGCAUAACAUACUAUGUUAUGUUGCAGAAACGAAUCGAGUCUUAUUGCGUACGCGUACAAUAUGACGUCGCGUAAAUAAUAACAAAUAGAAUAUAAACAAUUAACAAUAUUUGAUAAUUAACAGUUUUUGUUAACCAAGAAACAAUUAAAUCUCAUUAGAGCGGCUUUUUUAUAUUAUCUCUUUUAAGAUAACAAAAAAAACGUGAAAAAACGCGAUAAUAAAAAACAAAAACAUACAUAUUUCUAAUUUGUAAACAAUACUUUCUUACGUUGUUUCUGUUCCAAUCUCAAACUUUGUCUACACACACAAUACCUUUAAUAAAAAGUAAAAAACUUUGACGACGAAUUUCCAAAUUAUACUUUACUUAAUAAACAAACAUCGUUCUUUGUAACGCAAAUUCAUCAAAGAUGCGCGCGCAUGCGUAAAACAUACGAAAAAUGCGACUAACGAGAUGCAGCCGUGUGUAACGUUUCGUUAUUCGUUACUAGAUGGCGCACCCGUUACUCAGUACCGAAUACAUACGGUUUGCCACAGCUCUAUUAUUCUCAGUAAGAGCUUUGUGCGUGGUGUUUAGUUUUUGGAAUACGUUUUUUAUAAGUGCUGUUCGGACUUAGAUUUUUUGCUUUUCUUCUUGGAUUUUUACUACAGAUUGCGAAUGGAAUUGACUAUACUGCCUGUUGAUGACCUGCUUAACUUUUUUAUUGGUACAUGACUUUAUUUACUAACCAUUUCUUUCUGGGGAUUGUAAAUAAUUAAUCAUUGGUAUCAAGACAUCAAGAUGAACGUAAAUUUGAACAUGUCAAGGCAGCGAGAAAACUGCUGCGUAAACCAAUAAACUGGUAUUAGAACUGGGCAAAACUGGAACACGGGCGGUGGAGUUUUUAUUUUUUUUCCGCUAAGCUCGCGUCUAUUGGCUGGCUGCUGAUGGAAGGUCAUGAGUCUAGGCGGAGGGUAGAGUGAGUUAUACUGCGCAUGCGCAGCUCAGCGAACAAAGAGAGCCAGCUGGCGGCUACGCCGUGCCGUAACAGCAGCUGACCGAGUACAAUGACCUUUCUUCACGUACGGCGCGCUAUUGACGAUAAAUUUCCAUCAAUUUGUGGCCAUUUUUUUUUUUUAAUUUUUUACUGUGACACAAUGUGUAUGUAGCUCGUAUGUUAUAAACGCUGCAGGUUGCGACUGUAUUUUAAUAAACUUUAACGUAUUUCUUACACUUUUCAUAUUUUUAAACUUUGUUUUAUUUUAUGCCUCAUUUUUCACGGUUUCUGAAAAUCUGUAUGUACGACCGAGGUGUACGUACGAACCAGAGGCCGUACGAGCGAGAUCAAAAACGUUGAAGAUGGAAAGUUGACAAAGUCUGAGAUAACACGGCAGCACAAGAUAUCAGCGUCGACCCUGUCUACGAUAUGGAAACGUAGGGACGCGAUUAUGAGUGCGGGGGUCAUUGAAAAUCGGUAAUUCGGAUUUAACGAAUCAUCGAUUUAGAGUAAACAUUUUCGGUAACCAUAGCACUUCGUGCUUCAUUGUAAAUAAAUAUGGUAGUGUUGAUAAAAAUGAUACUAAUGGUCAAUUAGAUUAGGUUUGGUUAGCUACAUUAUAAAUACUACUUUAAAACAUUGUGGACAGUUGAUUUGGUUAGGAUAGCUACAUUAAAGAUACGGAAGAAGAAAAAAAAGCAAGCAUGAACCUCGGGGAACUUUGGGUGUGGCUUCUAUCGUCUGUGAAAUGAAGGCUUCCCGUUCCCGUGCUAACGCCGCGCCGGGUGCCGGAAAAGGGGGCGGGUGCCGGGGACUCGCCGGCGGUACCUGCGGUCAGCGCGGGCAGCAGGGCGGCACACUGCCCCUCCUCCUCGGAGAUCAGCUGCUCCUCGUCUCCGAACAAGGCCUCCUUCUGCAACACGCGCUGCGCCCGUCGUCACAGUGAGGCGUUCCGCACGCCUCCGCUCGCUUAAUUUUUUUAUAUAAAAAAAAUAUAAUAAUAAUGUUAAUUGUUUUUGCUCUAGGUUUUGAUUGAUUUGAUUUUUUAUUGCAUUCAAUAGACCAUACAUAAUGGUAUAGAAUAUGAAUGUUUACUUGCCAAUGUUUGACGUGCUGCUUCUGAACUGCAUUUGACUGAUUUAUCACAACAAAUAUCUGUAAGCUAUCAAUAUUUAUUUAAUUGGUUUUCAGGCUGUUAUAAUUGGCCAGGCUACUGGUAAGCUGCUUUUUAUUGGUGUCCGCAACAAAUACUGCUGUAUAUGUGAGUGAGCAGCAAAGCAGAAUGUCCCAGGAAUACCCCAUGGGUGUUAUAAGAAUUGGGACAAGUGCAGAGCUUUGACUUCAAUGGAGCAAGAUAUUCUCGUAGAAGGUUUCAAGAAUAGUGAAGCAAUGCAUGGUCUGAAAUACAAAUAUUUUGUUGGUGAUGGCGACUCGAGAGUUUAUGCUAGACUCAUGCAAAAUGUUUCGUACGGACGCACUAUCCACAAAAUUGUGUGUUCCAACCACUGUGUUAAGAACUAUACAAGUGCUCUCCACAAACUUUCAUCCGACAAAACUUUCCCACCGAAGCUAGAAAAAUCUUGAAAUCGUCCAUUCCUCGUUUGACAGCAGCAGCGAGAAGUGCCAUUCGACACUGUGCCAAUUCUGGUGACAAAGUUGAAGAUCUGAUAAAAGUUUUAAGCAAGGCCCUUAUCAUGUCUUUGGUGAGCACUCUAACUGCCAUAAAUACUUUUGCUCCCAAGAAAGCUGGAACUGCUACAUUGAAUCUCUUAAGGAUUCCAAAAUAUUUGAUCAGGUUCAAAGUCUAGUAAACAGAUUGGUUGCUAAAGCACCAAGACUCAUAGAAGAUAAGACAAGCAACCAAGCAGAAUUUUAAAUGAGUCUCCUGGCGAAGUACAACGCCGGUACACAAAGCGUCUAUGCACUGUUGCUGGAAUGCGAUUACAGAAAGGCCACACAUGGGAGAUCAGCCCUUUUAAGAAACUGACUGGAAGGAGUCCAGGAAUGGUACACAAGAAGUUAAUCAAAAAAAGAGUUUGACAGCAUGUGACUAUUACACUUUGUAAAUUGGAAUAUUCUGAAACCGACAAGCCAGUUAAACGGCUGACGAAGACUACGGGCCUGAUUUAGAGGAACCUGGGGAUUUAAAUAAUGUGCAAAGAAAAUGCGAAGAAUUUCUUAAAACUUUGAGUGUGACAGCAGAAAGCCGUGACCAUAUUGUUCAACAGACGAUUGGACAGUCAGAUUGUGAACUGUGGCAUGAAGUGAGAAGAAUACGUCUCACAGCCAGCAAUUUCGGGCCAGUUUGCCAGAGUAACGAGACGACUUGUUGCUAUUCCCUCGUCAAGCAACUUCUCUACAAGCCACCAGUAACAACAGCUGCAAUAGAAUAUGGACGAUCAAAUGAGUGUGUUGCAAUAAAAUGUUUUGAAGGAGAAACUGGUUUAUUUGUUGACUUGGCAUACAGGUUUCUAGGAGCAAGUCCAGAUGGCUUAUUGAGGGAUGAAAAUUCAAUCAUCAAAGUGAAAUGUGUUCCUUCAGCCAUUGGAAUCGGGCUCAAACAAUUGGCCAAACAGAUGAAAAGUUUCUUUUUAGAAGAAAAUGAAGGAAAAUUAAUUCUGAGGAAAACACACAAUUAUUUUUAUCAAAUUCAAGGGACACUGAACAUUUCAGAACGAGAUACUUGCUACUUGAUAGUGAUGAGUGACCUGAAAGAAAAUCUGCAUAUUGAAAAGGUUUACAAAGAUGUUGUAUUUUGGGAGAGAGAAAUGGUUCCGAAACUUUGUCGGUUUUAUAUUCACUGUUUAUUACUGAGAUUGUGGAACCAAAUGUGAGCAGGGGUAAAAGUAUUCGUGAAUCUGAAUAUAUUUUAAAAGCGCAAGAGGAACAGAAGAAAAAAACUGUGUUUCAAGAAAAGAAAAGAAGGCGAGAUGAAGAGUGUAUGUAAAUAAUUUAAUUCAGUGCAAACAAACAUAAUUACAUGACAGUAGUGUUAAGGUUAGUUCGUAGACUCAAUUAAUUGCGAGACAUCAAUACCAUAAUAUUUUUUAUAAGGCGAAUUAGUGGUUGAUUUUAGAAGUAACUGAUUUUGUUUAUCAUAGAUUUUGCAGAAAGUUAAGCAAUUUGGGGCUCUGAGUCAAUGAAAAGGUAUUAUUCGAGUAUUUUUUUCGUGUAAACAAUAUUAUUAUUACUUUUCGUCGGUUUUGUGCAUUCACUCUACAACUGUCUUACGUAACACAAUUUAAAAAUGGCUUAGUGUUAACAGACUACUGACUUUAUUCCUUAACUUAAGCUAUUUAAUGAUAACUUUCAUACAUACUUGAUGAUAAUUGAAGAAUAAUUUUGUAAUAAUAAGCAUACUCUUUGUGAUCAAAUUAUAACAAUAACAUCCACCCAAAAUAUUAUACUGCAAUUAAAUUAAGGUUUUACAAUGGGCUAAUUUUAUUUACAUUUUACAAUUAUCCUCUUUUUAACACGCUUUUAUUAACUUCACUUGUAACUAACUAGCUAACUAUGUAACUAACUAUGUAAUCAAACUUGCAAGUUUAUUUUAACCUACUUCUAAUUGUCUUAUCGCUUUUAAACUUUGCAAGUUUGUGUAACCCAGAUAACAAAACAAUUUCGUUCCAUCGAACUGAUCUCACUUGUAACUAAGUAAAUAACAAGCUAUGUAAACAAAUUUUAUAAGUCGGUUUUAACCAACUUCUAAUGGUCGUAUGGAUUCGAAACUUUGCAAUUAUCUAUAAUUCAGAUUUAUGUAUGUAUAUAUAUUACAGAGUCAAGAGCCCCGUAUUUCAUGGACGGGACUUGCAAACCAUGUACCAAGUACAUAGUUCUACACAGCUCUACAUUACUCCUGGUUAUAAUUAUCCAGCCAGGUCCGAAUACUCUCUUUCGAAAAAUUGUCGUAAAUAUUGUUAGUAUUUUAUGUACUCAUUUAAAUAUUUCGUCAGCGAGAUUUAAGCUACCAUUAAUGAAAGACAUUAGAUAUAACUUAUGCUAGGAAAACAAAACUCACGAUCGCAAGAGAAUGGAAACUUCAGUAGACCUCAAGGGGACUGAGGAGAAGUUAGCUUCGAAGCCCAGCUUCGAAUCGAAAAACGUACCGUAAUUAUCAUACAUGGCGGAAAUAAUCUGUAGGAAGUUAAUGCAAGAAGGGACUAAGUGAAAAUAAUUAAUCCCAAAGUUCGAAGAGCUAAAUUUUUUCUUUUAAAACCUAUGUAUGUAAUACAGGACUAGUGCUGUUUAAAGAACACAAUGUUACGAUUAAUGCAAAGUAUCAGCUUCGUAGUAACAUCAUCUGGUUUACAUUUUAUAGUGUUUCUAACCUGACCAUUUAUAACCAUACACAUCUCAGAGUUCGAAGCGCUAAAAAAAUGUUAAAAACACUACAUACGUUAUACAGGACUAGUGCUCCAUAAAAAACACACUUCUGCGUGUAAUGCAAAGUAUCAGCUUCGUGGCAACAUCAUCUGGUUUCCAUUUUAUAGUGUUUCGAACUUGACCAUUUAUAACCAUACACGUCUCAAAGUUCGAAGUGCUAAAAAAAUGUCAAAAAAACUACGUACGUUAUACAGGACUAGUGCUCCAUAAAAAACACACUUCUGCCUGUAAUGCAAAGUAUCAGCUUCUUAGCAACAUCAUCUGGUUUACAUUUUAUAGUGUUUCGAACUUGACCAUUUAUAACCAUACACAUCUCAGAGUUCGAAGUGCUAAAAAAUGUCAAAUAAAACUACGUACCUUAUAUAGGACUAGUACUCCUUAAAGGAAACAUCCUAUGAGUAAUGCAAACUAUCAGCUUCUUGGCAACAUCAUCUGGUCCAUUUUAUAGUGUUUCUAACUUGACCAAUCAUCAACUAACACACCUCAAAGUCCCAGAUGCUAUAAAAAUUUUAAAAACACUACGUACGUUAUACAGGACUAGUACUCCUUAAAGAAAACAAUCCUGUGAGAAAUGCAAUCCUUCAGCUUCUUGGCUACAUCAUCUGAUUUCCAUUUUACAGUGUUUCGAACUUGACCAUUCAUAACCACACACAUCUCAAAGUUCGAGGUGCUAUAAAAAUUUAAAAAAACUACGUACAUGCAUUAAGCAAGCAGGUAACUACUGGACAAGAGGUGAAAAGGUCCAGGUUAGAAUAGUGGGGCGGGGCACAAAAGUACCAAGAAAUUUGGUGCUGGAGCCUUGGAGCCCGCAUUAAAUGUUGAGCCGCACUGGGAUGCAGUUCCUGGGGCGCAAGCACCUCUGUGAGCGGGCGACUUGAGUCGUCAACCCGCCCAGCCUUCCAGUCAGCUGCUGUGGAAAGAAGGGCGGAGAGCACGAGGCUCUCAGCGACGGCAGACGCACACAGACAGCUUGGAGGGUCUUUCAUCUUCCAGUUGUAACGUUGCAAGACCCCUGCCCUCUUAGUUAAUUUUUUUUUCUUUUGAACUGUUUUCAUGCAUGUAAUAACCUUUCUUAAGAAGUCUCGCUAGGAAUAUGUUACCGUUUUUUAUGUAUUUUAUGGUUGAUAUUUGCACUUGCUGUGUGUUUUAAUAAUGUACUUUGUAGUUUAAGGCAUUUUAAAUCAUUACUAUUUUUUAUGUUUUUGUUCACAAAUAAGUCGUACUGGAUUUUUGUCUGUUUUAGCCUACUUUUUCAGGUUUUUUCUAAAUAAGUUUAAAUUUUGUCAAGUAAUUUGUAUUAGGAUUGCUGUUUUUAACUUUUAUUAAUGUGUUACAUGAUUGUCUGAUAAUCACUUAUUUUGCAUUUUCAAGAAAGCUUUUAAACUUUGUUUACUAACUAUAUUUGUAUAACACUGUGUAUGAAUGUUUUCUACAAUACUACUUAUUUUGAUUUUAAUAUGGUAUUAUAGUGAUAUAUUACGUUUUUAUUCAGGACAGGCUGUUACAUAAUGUUCUAGAACAAGGGACUUGGUGUGGAAUGUAUUAGAAAGAGACAGGUAUAUGAGACCUAUGAGUGCGAGUGAGAUAGAAAUGGUGAUUCCCCACCAAGAGAGAGACAGAAACGAUAUGUCUUCGGAGCGUUGGUAACCAAGGUCAGAUAUUUUUCAUAAAAUUAAGAAGGGAUGGAGAAUGGGAAGUCCCUGUCUAUAUGUAUGGAAAAUGCAAUUCAGUGAUUAUGUUGUGUACUUUUAUUGGCUUGUGAAUUGAAUUGUGUGUGAGAGAGUAUGUGAUUGGUCUGUGAGGUCAUGUGACUUCUCCUUCCUGCGUGAUGAAGGAGGUGCCAUGAUCUCACCAGUCGUCUGUCCAUCACUGCACCAGGAGGGCGCGUUCGGUGGCUUCUCACCAAAAAUGUAGGAAUUUUAAGGAGGUUAAAUUUAACGUUGGUAGCUAGAGUCAUGCCGAAGAGAGUAAAUGAAUCAUGUUGUUGUUUUGGAACCAUACAAAUGCUAAAUGCUGAAUAUGCUAUAUAAAAAUGCUAUAAAUAUCCAUCUCUAUUUAUACUUUAUUUGUAUAGAUACAUAUGAGGAUGGUAAAUAAAGAGAUGUCAUACAA